CCGCGAGACAGCAGUGUGGAACGCGCGCACCGAAAAAAAUGGAGCAGUCGGCGGGAGGAGACCGAGUUUUCGCCGCGGAAGCCAUCAUGAAAAGCCGUGUUAGGAAAGGUCGAAUCGAGUACCUGGUUAAAUGGAAAGGCUGGGCAUUAAAACACAGCACAUGGGAACCAGAGGAGAACAUCCUGGAUGAUCGACUCAUCACAGCCUUUGAGCAAAAGGAACGGGAACAGGAACUUUAUGGCCCAAAGAAACGUGGGCCUAAACCAAAAAACUUUGUACUGAAGGCACGAGCACAGGCAGGUGAAACAUCGCGAAGCAUAAAAACCAGACGCACUCCACCUCGCACCGCUGCGAGGCCUCCCACCUCCUCCUGUUCUGCAAGUACAGCAGCUCCUCAGCCUUCAUCGUCCUCUUCCUACACUAAAGCUCCAACCCCCAGAGUGCACUCCCUAGCUGCUGCUCAUAAACUCAAGAAGGACAUCCACCGUUGUCAUAGGAUGUCUCGUCGACCUUUGCCCCGUCCUGACCCCAUGGCUGACCCCACGGGAUCCAUGUUUUCAUCCCGUCCUCCAAUCUCUCCGUUCUCCGAAACUGUUCGCAUCCUCAACCGCAGGGUCAAACCACGGGAGGUAAAGCGGGGUCGCAUAAUCUUGAACCUGAAGGUCAUUGACAAAUCUGAAAGUGGUGGAGUAGCCAAUAGGAGGACGCCACAGUCGUUUGUGGGGCGGGCGAAAAUCCCAUCCCGAAAUCGUGUCAUAGGGAAAAAGCAAGGGGACAUGCCCUACAGGCCAUUCCAGCAUCCAAUGAAAAUGUUGGGUUUUCCAAUGUAUGGUCAGCCUUUUGGGCUCCAUCCCUUUGGGCCAUUAUCUUCCAUGGCCAAUGAAGGGUCGGGCAAUGCAGCCAAUCAAAGAGGUGGAAACUUAAGUGGUAGUCAUAUCUCUGCAAAUGGGCAGACAUUUCAGUACCAACCUCCACCAUCACUUUCCAGUUCCAGUGGGUCUAAUGGCAGCUCCUCUUCCUCUCAGAAACAACUAGCUCCUCCUCAAUCUGAAGUUCCUUCUUCUGCAGCUGGUCCAAUAUCCCGUUCCUGCAACGCCUCCCAACCUCUAAAAGCAAAUAAGCUCAAUUCCAGGCCGGCACAAUUCCUUCCUUCCUCGCCUUCUAAUUCGUCCUCUCCACUGUCCUCUCUUGAAGAUGAAGACCAGGGCUCUUCGAGUCUCCCUGCAUUUCGGGUUGGAAAACGAAAGCUUCGCCAUCGAACUCAGACGGCUCGAGCUUCGGUCUGCAAGUGAUCCUGUCUUUCAAAAGCCUAGCCUUUUUGCCAGUAAAUGCGCCUUCUCUUGUCACCUGCAAUCCAGUAGAGACUACCAUUCCCAUACUUCCAGAGCUAAAGUUCAGAAUCCAACCUAGAAAUCAUCUCAUCAGCAGCUUUCAAACAAAUGUUAUACAAUUUUCUUGACUUGGAUGGACUAAUGGCAUUGCACCAAGACAUUACCAUAUCUCUUUCAUUUUAAGGUGGGUUUUCAAUUAUGAUUAAACAAAAGAUGAAGUUCAGCUAGGUGACAAUUGUGUAUUAUCUGCACACGCACUUGUUAGAUAAUACUUGACAUGGCAAAAUGCCCAUUUAGGCCACAGCAUCCGUAAAAUGCAUUGAAUAGAUCUUGCCAAACUUCUCUUUUGCUCACAAAGAACCAGAGUCAUGGCUAAAAUUCUCGGGACCUGGGACAAACUUUUUAUAGGUGGACCCCUUCUUCCCUAGACCCAAUAAUUGGCUAUUGCAUAGAGGACCUUAGUGGGCUCCCCUCAUAACAGGGCCUGGAACAACAUUCACUAUUCAACUGACAACGGUUCAGCGAAGAAUCGAAGUCAUCUUAGAUAUCACUAUAUCUCACAUGCGUAGAAACUACUGUAUUUAUAUGCACUCACAAAGCUGCAAAAUCCCAAGGACUAUUACGUUAUUUCCCUAUUCUUGAACUCCGCUCUGAUCCAGAUGUCCACCAAGACUCUAAACUGAUUUAUUUUCCAGUGUAAAUGCUGAGGACUGCAUCGAGAGCGUGGUACUGUAUGUUAAACCUUCCACUUACACAACUACUCUCUUCCCUUAUUUUGCCUUCUGACUACAAUAGUUUGUUUCAUCUAAUAGUUAAAUACUAUAUCUUUGGGCCUGUAUCCAGCAGUAAUUUCUCACAGAACUUGAUUAAGGAGUUGAAACACCUUUUUUAGGAGACCCUUGGGUUUCUUUUAAACCUACCAAAUAUAACAAAUUGCCUUGGUUGAUGAAACUCUUUCGCACUCUCAAACGAUAUAGUCUGGGACCAUGUAUAUUAUGUGUGUGCUUGUGACAGCAUGUAGGUGGCUCCUUAAGGUUGAAUUAUAGUUUGGUUUUCUGCAAAUGUAGUCAUCAGCACAGUAUGCUGCCCAGUUUGUCUAGACACAUGGACAGUCCACAUCUGUGUGCACCAUCUGCAGAUGCGUCUGGCGUUUACUGUACUAAAGAGUAUGACAAAGCAGUCAUUGUGUGUAUGUGAAGAAUGCGUCCAUACAGGCUUGUGGUCAAAAGAGUUUUCUGUCAAAGGCUAGAGCACUCAACUGUGUGUGGGAUGUAACAUCACGUGGAUAAAUAGGUAUACCCUAGUUUGCAUAGGAAAGACUGGGUGCUAGCAACGAGAAAGCAAACCUGGGAUAAAGCUAGCUUAAUUUGUUUUGGGUUGCUUGUAAAUACUAGGGAUUCACCAAUACCGAUAGGAUUGGUAUUGAUAAAAUCAAGUUCAAUUGGUAUUCAUACUUGUGCUUUAAAAAAUUAGUGCAUCCCUAGUAGACAUAUUACUUGCUGUCAAAUUUCGCUUGGGUUGUAGGGUAUAGGUACAAAAGAUGAUAAAUCAAACUAUAUUGAAAUGCUGGAGAUAGCAGCAUUUGUGCGAAUGUAACUCAUGUUGGUGAAGAGUUUGGAUGAUUAUAUCCUUUUGCUUAUGUACGUUAGCCUUAGAGAGCCAUUAUGUACACAUACAGUAAUAACUACAUUCUGAAGAUUUGGUUAAAGGAAUAGUUCACCCAAAAAUGAAAAUUCUGUCUUUUACUAAUCCUCAAGUAAUUCCAAACCCAAUUAAUUGUUUUUCUUCCAUAGAACAAAAAAAACUUUCUGAUAAUCUUUCCUUCCAUUGUAGCUCUCACUCUAGACAUUCUUUAAAAUUUGUGUUCUGCAGAAGAAAGGCAUACAGGUUAGGAAAAACAUGUUGGUGAGUAAAUGACAGUAUUAUUAGUUUCUCAGUGAAUUAUUCCUUUAAAGUUUAGGUGUAGGGUAAAGAAAGUGAUGCUUUCCACUAGGAAAUGCCUUUUCACGGGAAGUGCAGCAACCAACAUUGAGAGUGUCUUAUUAAAGAGGCUGCAUGCUCCGGAGGUUGUGUUUGUUGGCGACAUACUCACCGAGGCUCAUUAAGGGAAAAGCAAGUGGAACACUCCGAAUGAGCCUCCAAAUGUGACAACCUUUUACAGGAAUUCAGAGGAUGCUGGAGGUGUAUCCUUUGUUGGCACUCACAACAUACAAUGAUUUUUAAACCCAUGUUUUGUUAAUUCCCAAUAAAUGUACCAAUGUAAGUGGGUAUAAAAUGUAUAAUAUGAUUUUGGCAGCGGGGGCGUGGUCAAGUGUCCGUCCGGAGAUAAAUUAUGUCUAACACCUGAGAGCAGCAUAAAAGAGCCACACCGCCAGCAGAUGAGUGAGAGAGUCUGUAUCUGAAGCUUAUUAUUAAUCUAAAAAGUUACUGUGAAGCUGAAGUCUAUGUAGAAUCUGAAGUUUAUUGCCAAGAUACUGUGAAGCUGAAGUUUUGAGAAGCUGGCGUAUCAAGCCAAGCCUUAUAAUAAAAGCCUACUCAUCUGAGUGAAGGAACCUGAUUUCCCAUGUCCUCCUUUAAGUAUCUCCACGAUGAUAAAUAAAAAUAAUAAUAUAUAAUAAAAACGUAAGUAUUAUAAAGUAAAUUAAAAAGUACAGAUUCCAUUUUCUUUUCUCUCUACAUCGUUAUUACUCUCCAAAAGUUUACCUAACAGAUUCUCUUCUCACUCAAGUGCUCGCAAGGGUUGAGAGUGAGACAUGCUGUCACAGCAACCAUGAUAUGUUCUGUUUUUGUAGGCUUUCGCUUGUCAAACUAAGGCCAGUUCAGGUAUACCGCUGCCAACAGCGGAUGUGUCCUAUCUUGCAGACACACCUAUAGAUAAUCUGUCACAUUAGGCCUGAAGAACCAGGUUAACACAGUUUAUGGCAGCUAACUAGGUGUAUGGAAGGAUAAUAAAAGGUCAGAAUCCACCAGAGGACAAAGACAAACCUCAUUAUACUAUUUAAUUAUAGAACAUUAUUAAGUUCUGUAUGUAGUCUUCUAAUGGAGCGCUCUUACUCUUUAUUGCUGUGCCUUUAGGGAGGAAUGAUCCUUUAUUAUGAACGUACUGUGUUAUGUACAAAAAUCAAGAAAAUAUGGUAUAUUAUCUAAUUUACAUACAUACUGUAUGCAUGUGUAUAUACACAUGCAUACAGUAUAUAUGUGUAUAUACAGCUCUGGAAAAAAAUUGAGACCACUGUAAAUUAUCAGUUUCUUUGAUAAUUUUCUUGGCAUUAUUUGAGGUCUAAAAACACUGCAUCUUUUUUGUCAUUUUGACCAUUUGUCAUUUUCUGCAAAUAAAUGCUCUAAAUGGCAAUAUUUUUAUUUGGAAUUUCGGAGAAAUGUUGUCAGUGCUUUAUAGAAUAAAACAAAAAUGUUAAUUUUACUCAAACACAAACACCUAUAAAUAAUAAAUCCAAAGAAAUGUAUAAUUUUGCUAUGGUCUCUUGAUGUUUCCAGAGCUGUAUGUGUGUAUAUAUACAUAUAUACAAACACACAUUACAUACACAUUCAUACAGUUUAUAUGUAUCUUUUUAACUUUUUCUAACCUAGAAUAAAAACUAUAAAUCUUUUCCUCGAUCAUUUCCAUGUAGUAAAUGAGUUAGUACAGGCUUCCACAAAACAGGUCUUUAUUUACCUUUAGGUCGUUCCAUACCUAUGCCAUAUGCUAUUUUUCCGUGGAGCACAAAAUAGUUCUUAAGAGUCAGUUCCAUUUAAUUAACCAGUUGAUCCGGUUUAGAAAUCGGACUGAAUGAUUUGUUUUGGGAUUGGUUUUUUGGGGUUGGUUGGGUCAUUUUGGAACUGAAUGUCUGUGGUGACGAUGAACUAACUGUCAUUGAAUGGAAAAGACCUUUGUUCUGUGGAACAAAUAUAUUUGAUAUUUAGAAGAACGAACGAUGACAAUUCUGGAAAAAAAAUCUGUGGUGCUGCCCCAUUCAGGGUGUCAUGUAUGGUGCAUUUAUAAAAAUUUAUAAAAAUAUUGAAUAUCCGAAGCAUGUGUGGCCUUUAGCUGCUCGGUUUGACCCCAUGAUGUUGUUACCUUUACCUACAAAUUGUUCCACAUACAAACGUUCAAGUCUUUUGUUUAUCUUUAUAUUCAAAAUGGUUGAAAAUUGAUGUCACUAUGUGUGAACCAGUGCAAGAUGGUUUCUUCUAUGGAGUUAGCUUAGUACUAUGAAAUGUGGCCUACAUUUCAUGCAAUAGGGCUCGUGUUAGGGUAGGAUGUAGCCAUCAGGGCCCAUCGCAGAUUAUGAGAUUGUUUUUGAAAAAAAGGUGAAGAUGAAGAUAUACUGUAAAUUGUGUCCUCAAAUAGCAGAUCUGAUGUGUUUUUGAGGAGUUUUAUUAUUAUUUCUGUUCCGUAGACGUUAAUGAUAUGUGGUGCCUUUAUUUUAUAGCCAUUGUUCAAUUUUAAUUGUCUAAUUUGGGUAUGAGAGAAUGGAUAACCCAAAAAAAUAAGUGUAAUUUAUAUAAGUCAUCUAUUUAGUAUUGUGUAAGGUUGAAGAAUCUGAUGAUGAUUACGAUAAUCUUGUUGCUAUGGCAUUGUAAUGUUAUGGAUGCAUGAUUUGCGAAACCUAAUUGUACAGGUCAUUUAAAUGUCUUGUUGUCGUUGCUUUGUGUUUCUUGAAAAAUGCUUUUAAUAAAAUUACUUAA